AUGUAUGUCAACAAAUUGAUAGAUAUCAACUCAAGUCACGUGGACUUAUGUCAAACCAGUGGACUCGUUUCUGCUCAAGACCAAAACAUCAUAAGUCAUGAUCCUCUUCCAAAUCCUAUCACAUAUCCUGAAGGAAGUUUCGCUCUUCCCUCUCAAGGCGCAGGAGCUGGCUGCUACUAUAAGGGGGACCGAUCGGCUGUGGGUGAUAUUUUCUGUCCAGGUAAGCCGACCGUGUUCUGCCAGGGCAAUGCGGGUGAAGCACCAGUCGUCUGUGAUAGCAAUACUAGUAUUCACCCGAUGGUUCUUUGCGGCUUGGAAAACUAG